AUGCCUUUCUUCCUGCAGAAGGCGAAGGCGACGGCGACGGGGAGGACUCGGGAGGUUGCUAAGUUUGGGACGGCUCAUCCUAUCUGGAUCAAGAGUUUGUCUGAAGAAGAGUACUGGUACUACUUCAAGGCUCUUGCUUUCGGAAGCAUGGAUCCUGAUGAGCAUCCGAGACUUGCAUCUCUGGGCAUGCAGCUGGCUACUGAACUAAAAGGUUCAUUCCUGGCUGCAAAUAUACUUGGUGAGAUGUUAAGAUCUAAUCCUAAUCCUCAGUUUUGGCAUGCCAUCUUGGCAAGUGUCAGAGCGCUGGUACAGGAACACCUGUUUUCCUUUGGUGUACACCCGGAAGACCUUCUCGAGAGGAAUACUCCUGUUGAUUUCCCGAGUGUGGCCUUUGUGGGAGCUCAUCAGGGUCAGCGAUGUCUGGUGUAUGAUCUUAGGGAGGCUGGCCCUGGACAAGAUGAGCUGCCGUUACCAUCAUCGCAAGAAGUACUAAUGGGUGGCAAGGUUCCUGUGGAGGAUAAGUUUGAUGUCCUGGUAUGGAAAUCUCGCAUCCUACCAUACCGCAGCUACAUAGCUACUUUCGAGAAACAGAAGCCACCGUGCAUGGUUGGCAAGAGAAAUCGUCUGCUGGCACUGAGAGGAACAUCAGCCUAAGCGCUCAGAGAAGUAUUGCAUCCUUUGGACAUCUCAGUGCUCGAGGUUGUCAAGUAAGCAAUGUUACCGUAAAUGGCCGUGUAGCCCGUGUACACGCUACUCGACAAGCUAACCUGCAGUUUAGGGCCUAAACGGUAAUUACACGGUCCAACCGUUUACACGUAAAAAACAGGGCUACACUGUCUACACAUUGUAAAAAAACGGCAACUACACGGUUUUACACUACGAGUAGACCGUUUAAAACAACAUUUAGGCUAUAGAGAAGUAUCAACUACUAUGCCUUAUUUGUUAAAGUGUAUGAAAUUUAUUAUUUGUAAAUUGUGAUUUGUCACAUAACAUAAGAAUGAUCAGUUGAUAACAGAAGCAUAUGUUUACAUAUUUGGUCUAUUUAACAGCUAAGCUUGGUAAUUUGUAAUGUUUGAGUUGAUCAA